CGAUUAUCUAACACCGGAUUCAAACAAAAGAGUAGCGCCAAUCGAUCAAGUUGUGGAACCUGACGAGAGUUUGUGAACAGGGUCAAGGGAAUGAUGCAUGUGGCUUGGUCUCUUGGUUCCACCCGCCCGGCAGCUGCAAUGACGCAACCACGGGCAAUGGUCGAUCCCACGCCUUGUCAACAGUGGAUCAUAUACACUACGGAUAGAUCCUAACUUCCUCAUACCUACACACAGCUCUUCUCUUUCUGCUACAACAGUCAUUAUGUCGGCCGCCGGAGUGCAAUACAAAGAUCUGCUCGCCGUCCCGCAUGUCACUGAACCAGACAAGGAGGAACGCACAACAACACUGACCGACCAGCCUACGGAUAGCCAUGCCUUGGCAAUGGAAGCAGCAAAGGCCCCCGAGCAGACGGGAGCCGCUCAGGUGGGACACAAGGGGGAAGUCCUGAACUUGGGCUGGAAUGAGCCUGAGAGCUGUGUUGAGAAUCCCCUUGUGGGUGGACUCCGUAAUGAGGAUCUAUGGGUGCUCAUUCGGCGCUUCAACAAGCAAAUGUAUCACGUCAAGGAGAUGCCGAACCCUCCGCCUGGAGGAUUGGAUCUCAAUGUCGCCGACGACGAGGAGUUCUCGCCUGACAAACUGAGAAGCAAUAUUGAACGCCUGUACAUGACUAUUGGCAUCGGCAUGAUCGCUUUCUAUAAGCACAUCGUACGUCUUCGAUCCUGGCGAGAGACACGACGAACAGCCUGCUUCUGCACUGCCUAUUUCCUGGCCUGGGCUUUCGAUUGCAUAGUGCCUCUACUAUCCGCCACUUUAAUUGCCCUCAUUGCGUACCCUCCUUCUCGCGAUUUCCUCUUUCCCCCAGCGCCAAUCGCCAUGGUUUCUCACACAGGUGGUAUUCAAAAACCGAAGGCGGGAGUGCUUGGUAGCCAUAGUGCUACCGGAGCCCCCGAGAAACACAAGGGAGAAGCGGUGGAGCAAGAAGCCAACAACUUUGUCAAUGGUAUUGCUUCGGUGGCGCUAUCGAGCGCAACCGGCAAACAUCCUCAAGGCGAACCUCCGGAUGGAGGACCUGCCGAUACUGUCCCAGAUCCUACCGCCAUUGCCGAAGCACCUACAGAAGCAGCAGCAGGUAGUGAUAAGAAGCAUGACAAGACAAAGGUUCCAAUGGAGACGAUGAUGUGGACAAAGAUGAGACCCGUCAUGCAUGCUCUUUCCAAUCUCAGUGAUGGUUGGGAACGAUUCGCCAACGCCCUUUCUCCUAUUGCCCCCUUCCCUCAACAUCGUUACCGCCUCCGUCUUGCCGGCCUCGUCCUUCCCAUCUUCAUCAUCUCCUGGUUCGUAACAUACUACAUGUUCUUGAAAGGCCUAACCUUCGGCUUCGGCUUCGGAUUCUUCGGUCAACCCCUCAUCACGCGCGGCAUCGACUUCCUGAACCGCAAGAUUCCCAACUGGCAAAAGCUCCUCGAGCUCCGCAACACCAUUCUCAAAGGCGUUCCCACAAAUGCCCAACUCACCAUCACCCUCCUCCGCAUCGGCGAGGCGAACAAAGCCCCCCUACCUCCUCCUCCCCAUGUGGAGGGCCCACCUCCAGAAGGACCUUCUCAUGUCGAGGAGCAGCAAAUGCGCGUGGAGGGCGCAGACAAGCUCGCCGUGACCGACUCCGAAGUCAACGAAGCCAUGGCCCAAGCCCCCAUCGAAGCCGCCGAGACCUCAGCCUCCGACAUCCAUGCCUCCAAAGAGAAAUCCCACGGUAAAGUGGGCAGCAAGAUCCUCGGAUUCUUCAAAGGUACCGUCAAAGGCGGCGUGGAAACCAGCGUCGGCGCCGAUAAAAUCAAAGCCAAGAUUGGAGACCACCACGCCAGAAACCGUCUCGGUGCUGUCCCGCCCAAGAACGCAGACAUGACGUCCGGGCCCGUCGAGUUCCGCGCCCGCUACGAGGGAAAGAAGGGUCAUGUGUAUAUUACGACUAAAGCCACGAUUCCGUGCGUGGCCUUCUCUACGGACUCUACCAUCGAGAAAGUCGGCACGAAGGAUCGGGAGGACUUACAUCCCCUCUGGAGUAUUCCUAUUGGGGAUAUUGCCGAGUUGAAGAAGGUGGGAGGAUUCGGGUGGAAGGCGAAGAUGGUGGUGGGUUGGGCGAUGAAUAGGGAGGUGCACGAGGGGUUGGAGAUUGUGGAGAGGAAUGGGAGGAGGACGAAGGUGAUGGCGAUGCCGUUGAGGGACGAGUUGUUUAAUCGGUUGGUAGCGAUUGGGGGCCAGAAGUGGGAGAGUUGGUAGGGUGAAUGGGUGGGAAAUGGAAGAGGGUUAUGGGAUAGUGUAUGCGUGAUUUUAUGUCGGCAGCCUUCCUAUUGCUAUGGCAUUUCGUUCCUUUUUAUUCGGUAGGCUAUUUGUUGAACGGAGUGACUCGGGCAUACAGAAGAGGCAUGGUUUCCAAUAAAUGUAACAGAGCUCUAAACGUCCAGUUUAGUCCUUUGCACUGUCUCUUAUACCUAAGCCGG